AUGUCUGUUUGCAUUAGAGUCCUGCAUGCAAUCUACGCUCUAUUCUGCAUCACCUGUACUACGGCAAUUUACAACCUCAGACAAUUCAAAUAUCUGAAUGUCUACCGUGCCGUGUUCAGCCUUAUUGCAUCUGCCGUAGCUAUUGUCUUUGGCGUUAUAAUAACAAAAAGAUACCUCUACUGGAUCCUUAUUCCAAUCUUUGUGGACGCCGGACUGAUUCUCUUUAACAUGGCCACAAUGAAGCCGACACGUCCCCUGGAUCAAGAUGACUGGGUGAGUGUUGCCCUAGUGAUUGGUGGACUGUUGCAUUAUUGCCUGGGCUUGGUGGAGCUUAUCUACACGUCGAUGGAACAGAGGAACGAUGAAGAAGACAGCGAGUGCUCAGAUGCUAGUGUAGUUUCUGUCCUCCCUUAG